AUGGCAGCAUAUGAAUAUGAAACCCACGAAUUUGACGUCGUGGUUGUCGGUGCCGGUGGCGCAGGUCUGCGCGCAACCCUUGGCAUGGCAGAACAGGGUCUGAAGACCGCCUGUAUUUCCAAAGUAUUCCCAACCCGUUCCCACACGGUUGCGGCGCAGGGCGGCAUUGCCGCGUCUUUGUCCAACAUGGGGCCGGACCACUGGCAGUGGCAUAUGUUUGACACUGUAAAAGGGUCUGACUGGCUGGGUGACACGGAUGCGAUGGAAUAUCUCGCCCGUGAAGCCCCCAAAGCGGUGUAUGAACUGGAACAUUACGGUGUGCCGUUCUCACGUACCGAAGAAGACGGUCAGUGUCAGGGUGUUGUCUGCUGGAAACUGGAUGACGGCACGAUCCACGUGUUUAACGCCAAGAUGGUUGUUCUGGCGACCGGUGGUUAUGGCCGUGCUUAUUUCUCUGCAACCUCUGCCCACACCUGUACCGGUGACGGUGGCGGCAUGGUGGCCCGUGCGGGUCUGCCUUUGCAGGAUAUGGAAUUUGUGCAGUUCCACCCGACCGGCAUCUAUGGGUCCGGCUGUCUGAUCACAGAGGGUGCGCGCGGUGAAGGCGGCUAUCUGACCAACUCUGAGGGUGAACGUUUCAUGGAACGUUACGCGCCCCAGUAUAAAGACCUGGCCCCACGUGAUUACGCAUCUGUCGACAAGGCACUGGAUCGUUUCGACGGUCUGCGUCAUGCCAAAGGUGGGACACCAACUGCGGAACUGCGUCUUGAGAUGCAGAAAACCAUGCAGGCGGAUGCGGCUGUCUUCCGUGAAGCCAGCACCCUGUCUGAAGGUGUUGAGAAAAUGACUGGCGUUGCAGCCAAGCUGGACGAUCUGGCUGUCUCUGACCGCACCAUGAUCUGGAACACAGAUCUGAUGGAAACGCUGGAACUGACCAACCUGAUGCCAAACGCUUUGGAACAGGUCGACAACACCACACGCGCAGCAGCCCUGCGCACCGUGGUGUCCGUGUCCGAGGAUAAAUUCCCCGGCGUGAACGUUGAACCUGUUGCCGCCUGCAUCAUCAACCAGGCCAGCAGCAAUGAAAUUUUCACACUUGCCGGUGCAGCUGUCACGGGCAUUAAUGAUUCAACCGUUGAGACCGUGGUUAACAUCGCCGCGCGCCCGGAUGCUGUGAAAUGCAUCGCCCGGGAAAGUCUCAGCGGCAUUCAGCUAUAG